AUGAACACCCUUCUUCUUAUAUUUUUCUCGAUUUCUAUUUUUGUGCCGCAAUUUCAGGCAAAUUUCGAUUUUCAAGAAUUGACUUAUCGCAACUUUUUUCCCUAUAAUAUUACGGUUAAAUUCAUUCAAAAAAUCGUCGAUGGCCAAGAUGUUUUUGCGAAGAAUUUUAAAUAUCAAGAUUGUGAAGGUGAUUCUCUAAGAUUUACGAAGGAAAGGAAAGAUCAGAUGUUGAGAUCUUUGAAUGAAUCGAAAUUGAUUGAUGCUGGAUUUGAAAAUGAUGAUGAUCAGAAUGGAGGAAAAGUGUAUUAUUGGUUUAUGGUGGAAUAUACGAAUAAACAUCGUGUUGAUUUUAGGACAACUUCGGGCGAUCAAAAAAAUUGGGAACUUCAAUCAUCUAUCGAACACAAUUGUCAUCCAGACAAUGCGAUUCUGAAAACUUCCGCAGCACUAUUAGCAAUCAAUUUUGUUCAUUAUAAUAACACUCGCUACGAAGAUAAGAUCGCAAAUACUAUGCGAUUUCAAACUUGUGAUGGUGGAUUCAUAGACAAAUCUCAAUUUCUAUCCAAGUUCAACUUAACAAUCAUGGAAAUUCACGAUGGUGUGAGAUUCCAAAGAAUCAUAGAUCCACCAUUAUAUUCUAUUAAAAAACUGUUUUAUGAUUCGAAAAUCAGAAUUUAUUUUUGGCAAUUUUCGGGGAAACUUGGAGGACUUGAUGUUCAACUCGAAGUCAAUGAGGAGAUUAUGGAAAUAAUUAAAGGGAGACAAUAUCCUUGUUCAUAUGAAUUUAUGAUGUUAUAA